ACUUGUGAUUUCCUGAGGCGUUUUCGUGAUUUAGGAACUGCAAUUCAAAUCGCAGCUGACUAAGAACUCCGAAACGCAUCAAAAUCACUCAGCGACGCGAGGCGUCAACAGCCAACGCACUAAAAUAAAUAAAAAUGCAAUAACAUCGGUGAUAAACGAACUGCAACUCGAAGCAAACGCGGCCAACGACAAGAAUCAAGUACAAGUACCAAUAGAAAAGUGUCUUCCUCAGUUUAUCCCACUCCCACUCACUGCACUUCCCCCCUCCCUACAUAGAUGCGCCGCGUGUGAAUGACUUUGAAAAUAAUUUAAUAAACAAAAACAAACCUUAAUUCGCAAUUUAAAAAAUCUAGAAAUUACCACGUGCGUUCGUUCUCUCGAGUUACUCUGUUACGUUGUUGUGGCUGCUUGGCGUUUGUUUUGCUUCAGCAGCUCUGCUCUCCCUCGGCUGGCUCUCUCGGCGCCCGUGGCCCGCGUGGGACUUUUAUUUCUUACAGCCGGUGUGUACAGCCGGUAAUUGGAACACCUUUUGGAUAAGGACUCUCCACUCCCAGCCCAAGAAAUGGUUCAGGCUCUCGAUUACGACUGCGAGGUGCAGGGACAGCAGGACAUCCCGCAGGCUAUUCAGCUCCUUGGGGAGAUGAACAGCAAUGUGAAGCAGGUGACGGACCUGGUCGAGGGAAUGCUGCAGCGCGUCAAGAGCGGUGAGCUGACCACCGAGUACGGCCUCAGCUUCCUCGAAGUGAAGUACCACAUGCUGCUGGACUACUUGAUCAACCUCACCUACGUUGUGCUACGCAAGUGCUCCGGGGAGACUAUCGAGGGCGAUCCCUCCAUCGAGCGUCUCAUUGAGAUCCGCACGGUGCUGGAGAAAAUUCGGCCCAUAGACUACAAGCUGCGCUACCAGAUCGACAAGCUAGUGAAGACGGCCACGACCGGUGUCUCCAGCAACACAGAUCCCACUCUCUACAAGCCCAAUCCGGAGGGCAUGAUGAUCAGUGCCGGGGCUGAGGAGGAGGAGGGCGACGAUGACGACUCCGAGGAGGACAGUGACGAGGAUGAGGAGGACGAGGCCGGCGCCGCGAAAAAACCGCGCAAGGCAGCGACGGCGGGCAAAUCCGGAGUCUAUGUACCACCGCGCAUCAAGCCAGUCUACUACGAUGGCGAUGAACGCGAGGCCGACAAGGAAAAGAAGGCCAUGGAACGGGCCAAAAAGCGGGCCAUCACUUCAUCCAUGCUGCAAGACCUCAAGGAGGAGUACCUAGACGCCCCCACUGAAGUGUCAUCUGGAUCCCGGGCCCAGCAGAUGCUCUCCCUGGCCCAGAAGGAGAAGCAGGAGUACGAGGAGACCUACUUGAUGCGCCUGCCGGUGACCAAAGCGGAAAAGCAUCGUCAGCGCAAGCUCACCACCUUGGGUCAACUAGGAGAUGAAAUCCUGGGCGAGAUUAGCCGGGAAUCUGCACUGCGGGGAGAUGGCAGCAAAAAGCGAAAACUGGCCAAAAAGGGCAAGGGCAAGAAGCGCAGUGCCAAAAAACGAAAGUUUCACUAAUCGAGGAAACUAGAAACAGUUCAAAAAACCGUUUUAAAUGCAAAUAAAACAAUUUUCAUUAAGUUUUUUUCCAACAGCUUUUUAUUGAGAAACCAGAAUUGAUGUUAUUACUUUGAUUUGUGUUGAAUUUUUUAUUAAAAUGCUCAUUAAAAGUUUUAUAUUAUUUUCAAAUAA